GAAGUGCACCCAGAAUGGAAGCCGGAAAAUGGCGUUGGUGAAGAAUAUAAAGAAGAUGCUGAUGAAGGCGCCAGUAGUGAUUCCGAGCACGAGGGGGUGGAUGCAUACCAAGGACGAGUGAACAACGUGGAAGCUCGCAAUGCGCCAAAAGAGGAUCGCCCUAAGGAAAUCGAAAAACAUUGGCGUAGUCUAUACCACCUUGUCAAAUUCUGGUGGGGCAUGCAUGGGAAAGACCUGAACAAAGACCAACAAGCGACAAUUAACAAGAUUCAGGAUAAGAUCCGUGAUGAGUGUAGGAAGUAUGCCGAAAUUGAGCUCAAGGAGCCUAUUAUUCUCCAACAGAUCGUACAAUCGCUCUUGCAGAAGUACAGGUUUCCAGACAGUGCUCUUCAUGGCCAAAUAGCGGCGAUGUCUACAAUGCUAGGGGAAAUUGAAGAAAUGGAGAAAGACCCUCCUGACUCUGAAGAUGCUGAGCUGAUCGCGCAUUACGAAACGACUCUUAAAGAUAAGAAGAAGAAGCUUCUCAAUGGGUUUGCAGUUUUUCCUGAGAAGCUCAAGGAGUACAAUAUCCCGGUUCAAGCCAUAAUGUCAGAUUAUGCCAAAACCACAUUCGACACGAUUACGAAUCAGUCUAAAGAGUCUCAGGCAACAUAUAAAGACGCUGUCGCUGAAAUCACCAAGCCCACGAAAGAUCAGGAAGAGAUUUGGGCGGUGGCAGCUCGUAACAUGUAUGAAGUAUACAUGAUCACGACAGAAUCAGACAUGCUUACGACAGACAACGAACAAGAAAUAAAAGCCCUUAUGGACGCUCUUACUAAACAGGAUAAUCAGAUUCAACAAAGUAACACCAGCAACGGUGUCCCCGCGGGAACGAAUUGCCUUCCCCUCUCCCUUCUACAUCAGCUGACGGAUGGCUGGGAGAAUAACAAACAAAAAGAAUUAAGAAUCACCGCUGGAGAUUUCGACAAGUACCUGAAGAGGCAGCCUCUAGCUAAUAAUCUGGCUAAAAGCCUCGAAGUUGAUAGCCAGUCUGAGGUCGAACAGUUGUUGGGUCCAUACGUUUCAAAGCAGCCGAAAGCCAUAGAACCGAACCCGAAACCGUCUCCACACUCCCAAGUGAUCUCGAAUACGCGGAAUGGAGCAAAUCCUCCUGCUGUAACUACAGGAAAUAGCGCAAACUCGUCAUCUCCGACGAAUAGUGUGAACCCUCCAUCUCCAACUCCAGGGAAUAGAGCGAACGCUUCUGCGACUCUUGAAUCACUACUCGCAGCUCUUGAUGGAGAUGAUACGCUUGAGAUGUUCAACUAUGAGGACGGUAUGACAGAGUUUGGCUCCCUAGUGGCGACACGGCCAUGUCGAACGGGUAACGUAAGGUUUGAUCGACACAUUGUGAACUCCGGUACUUCGAAAUACCCAUGGCACAACAUGGUGAGGGGUUCCGAGCUUUGUCCUGGAGGUGCUGAGGCUCUUUCGCAGCUAGAAGGCAAAGACACGAUUUUCGACCUACGCGCGGAGAAGAAGCGGAUUAAGGAAAACCCCAGCUAUGCGAAGGUCAAAACCGGGCCGGCCGCAAUUGUUCAGUUAAAUGGACCCAAGGGACGCCGUGAGAUGUAUACAAAAGUAGAAUAUCCCGAUGGGAGAGUACAGUGGCCCAGUAGGACUGAAUAUAGUCAGCUCGUAGGUAAGAAGUGUGCAGAUCGUUAUUUCGAACUCAUGGAGGCGAGAUGGAAGAAAUUAUCUGCAUAUAUGUGUGAAUGCCGACGAGAAAAGGUACAUCCUGACACUGGUUUGGCAUUGGAAGAGAAGGAUCGGCAACUUCUGCCAUGGUUCUUCCUAGGGGAU